AUGAUUGAUAAUAACAGUGAAAGAUCAAUAACUCUCGAAUUCAAUAAAAAUGAUGAAAUCAAUAGGGUUCAAGCUUCAACUCUAACAUUCAAAUCAAUUAAUUAUUACUUAAAUAUACAAAAAUGCUGCAAUAUAUGUCAACUACCAUGUUUAAAGAAAACUCAAAAACAAAUUUUAAUUGAUUUAUCAGGAAUUUUUCAAGGAGGCAUGAAUGCAAUUAUGGGACCAACUGGUAGUGGAAAAUCAUCGCUAUUAGAUUUAUUAGCUGAUCGAAAAGAUCGGCAAGGUUUUCAAGGUGAAAUUCUUUUAAAUGGUCAAUUACAAAGUAAAGAUUAUAAAUAUCAUGCUGGUUACGUUGUUCAAGAUGAUAUUGUUAGUGGAAAUUUAACUAUUAAAGAAAAUUUAAUGUUUUCAGCUAAUGUUAGAUUAUCAACAAAAUUAACUUCUAAUGAAAAAAAUAAGAUUGUCGAUGAAGUUAUUGUACAAUUAGGAUUAGAAAAAUGUGCAAAUACAAGAAUAGGUACUGAUUUUAAACGUGGUGUAUCAGGUGGAGAACGAAAACGAACAAAUAUUGGAAUGGAAUUAGUUCUUUCACCUAUGGUUCUCUUUUUAGAUGAACCAACUACUGGUCUUGAUUCUUCGAUGGCUCGUAAUGUAAUGGAAUGUCUUCAUCGAUUAUCUCGAAAAGGACGUACAAUCAUUUUUUCAAUUCAUCAACCUCGAUAUUCAAUAUUUAAAUUAUUCGAUACACUUUUUUUGAUUGCUACUGGUCGUUGUAUUUAUCAUGGACCAACUGAUAAUGUUUUACAAUUUUUUUCUUCAGUAGGUUUUUCAUGUGAAGAACAUGAUAAUCCAGCAGAUUUUAUUCUUGAUGUAUUACAAAGUGAUCGAUUUUCACCCUUAACUAAUGAUCAAACUGAUAAUGAUUUAGAUAAACAAAAUAAUCAAAUUGAAUUUUAUUUAAAUAAAGAAUAUAUGAAAACAGAUAUUUUUAGUUCAAUUCAAAAUAAAAUAACUGAAAAGAAUUAUUUAUCAAAUGGAAAUAAUAAUGAACAUAUUCGAUUAGAAGAAAAAUCUCGUUUAAAUCAUAUAUUUUAUUUAUCUCAACGAACUCUUCGUAAUUCUUUCCGAGAUCCUUCAUUAGCUAUACUACAAACAGUUUUAUCGAUAUUUUUGGGUAUAAUUAUUGGUUUAAUUUAUUUGCAUAUUAAUCGUACAAUUGAUACAGGUGCUAAAAAUCGUAGUGGAGCUAUUUUUUUUAUAGUUACGAAUCAAGUUUUUUCAAAUCUUUCAGCAUUAGAAUUAUUUAUAAAAGAACGAAUUUUAUUUGUUCAUGAAAAUGUUAGUGGUUAUUAUCAUGUAUUAACUUAUUUUCUAUCAAAAAUAAUUUGUGAUAUUAUACCUUUACGAACAAUACCUGCUAUUGCAUUUUCAAUAAUUGUUUAUUUUAUGAUGGGAUUUCAAAGAACAGUAGAAAAAUUUUUUAUUUUCUUCUUUUGUAUUUGGCUUACAUCAAUUUGUGCAUCAUCUUUAUGCUUUCUUGUUUCGGCUACUGUACGAAAUUUCGGUGUUGCCAAUUUAGUUGCAGCUCUUUUUUGUGUAUUGACACUUGUCUUUGGUGGAUUUCUUGUUGAAAUUUCAUCUGUUCUCAGUUUUCUUCAAUGGAUUCAAUAUUUCAGUAUAUUUCGUUAUGGAUCAAAUGCACUUUUAAUCAAUGAAUUUAUUGGUUUAACUCUUUGUUUACCAAAUAAUACAAAUAUAUGUGUAAAAGAUGGUACAGAAGUCUUAACUGAACUUCAUGUUGAACAUUCAACAAAUUGGGAUUUAUGGAAAAAUUUCGUUGCAUUAAUUUCGAUCACAAUCGGUUUUCUCAGUUUAGCUUAUGUUCAAUUACGUCGUAUUAAAAAUAAAUAA